UCUAUCAAUUCCAUUCCAAUCUCCCCUCUUUCCCUCACUCCUCCUUCCUUCUCCUCAAUUCCUCCAUAUCAAUUCACAAUGGCUGCUCGUGGACUCCCCCGCGCCCUCCGCCUGGCCCGUGUUGCCGCUCCUCGCUCCGUCGUCUCCGCUGCCCUCCCUCGUCCCGCUCUGGCUAAGGCUGCUGCCAAUGCCCUCCCCCGUGUGACUCUGUCCUCCACCCCCGUCCGUGGUGUCAAGAACAUCUCUUUCGCUGGUCACGAGGAGACCGUCUACGAGCGUGAGGACUGGCCCCGUGAGAAGCUCCAGGAAUACUUCAAGAAUGACACUCUGGCCCUUAUCGGUUACGGUUCUCAGGGUCACGGUCAGGGUCUGAACCUCCGUGACCAGGGCCUCAACGUCAUCGUUGGUGUCCGUAAGGAUGGUGCUUCCUGGAAGGAGGCCAUCCAGGACGGCUGGGUUCCCGGCAAGAACCUCUUCGACGUCAACACCGCCAUCGAGAAGGGUUCCAUCAUCAUGAACCUCCUCUCCGACGCUGCCCAGAGUGAGACCUGGCCCACCAUCAAGCCCCUCAUCACCAAGGGCAAGACCCUCUACUUCUCCCACGGUUUCUCCCCCGUCUUCAAGGAGCUCACCAAGGUCGACGUCCCCAAGGACGUUGACGUCAUCCUCGUCGCCCCUAAGGGUUCCGGCCGUACCGUCCGCACUCUCUUCCGUGAGGGCCGUGGUAUCAACUCCUCCAUCGCCGUCUACCAGGACGUCACCGGCCAGGCCAAGGAGAAGGCCAUCGCCAUGGGUGUUGCCGUCGGUUCCGGUUACCUCUACGAGACCACCUUCGAGAAGGAGGUCUACUCUGACCUCUAUGGUGAGCGUGGUUGCUUGAUGGGUGGUAUCCACGGUAUGUUCCUCGCCCAGUACGAGGUCCUCCGUGAGCGUGGCCACAGCCCCUCUGAGGCCUUCAACGAGACCGUUGAGGAGGCCACCCAGUCUCUCUACCCCUUGAUUGGUGCCAACGGCAUGGACUGGAUGUACGCUGCCUGCUCCACCACCGCCCGUCGUGGUGCCAUCGACUGGUCCAGCCGCUUCAAGGACAACCUCAAGCCCCUCUUCAAUGAGCUCUACGACAGCGUGCGUGACGGCACCGAGACCCAGCGUUCUCUGGACUACAACUCCCAGAAGGACUACCGCGAGAAGUACGAGAAGGAGAUGCAGGAAAUCCGUGAUCUCGAGAUCUGGCGCGCUGGAAAGGCCGUUCGCUCCCUUCGCCCUGAGAACCAGAAGUAAAUGUAAUGUGCAUUGGGAUUUGGGAAAAGUUAUGACUGUAUCAUGAUGCCUUGUUAUAUUUCAGUUAAUUAAUUUCAUUAUACCACGUUCAAGCAA